AUGGAAGUAGCCCAAGCAGUAGAUGCUAGCAAGUUCAAGACAUGUAAUGACUUGUCAUUCUGUCGUCGUAAUAGAAACCUCGACACUGCAGCACACAAAUACAGAGUGGUGGACGGCACGUUGACUGUCACAGCCGCCGGUAUUGUACAGGGUGACGUUGUCGACCAGUCGACAGUCGAUCUCUACCCCGAGCACGUCUUGCGUCUCGAGAUUAUGGCCGUCAAGGGUUCAAACAUUGUACGUAUGCGUGUCAAUGAAAAGAACCCAUUGCCCAACAAAAAGAGAUACCAAGUACAAGACGUCCUAUUAGAGACGAUCGAGUACGAGCCAUUCAGCGCAUCGUCCAUCAAACAAAUCCACACUGACAAGCAACUUGGCCAAUACGUCGAUUUGGCAUUUGGUGUCAAUGCAAAGGCCCGUCUAUACCUCUCUCCCAUCCGUCUCGAUGUCUUUGUCGACGGUCGUCUAGCAAUUGUUGCAAACUCUAAAAACCUCUUCAACUUUGAACAUAUGCGUACUCGUCCACUUCCUCCUCAACCAAUCCCAAAUCCAAAUCCAAUGCAAAACCCUUCAAUUGAAGGAGUUGAUCAAGUUGAACAAAUCGAACAACAAGUAGAACAACCAACAACAACAACAAUAGUUGAAGAUGGUACUUGGGAAGAAAAAUUCAAAGAACAUCAUGACUCUAAACCACAUGGUCCAAUGUCUAUUGGUUUAGAUAUUAGUUUUAUUGGUACAACCAAUGUUUAUGGUAUUCCAGAGCAUUCGACUGCUCUUUCUUUAAGAUCAACAAAAGGAGAAAAUAUAAAUGAAGGACCAUAUAGAUUAUAUAAUUUAGAUGUAUUUGAAUUUGAAUUGGACAAGACAACAGCAUUGUAUGGUUCAAUUCCAUUUAUGAUUUCACACGAUCAACAAAAGACUGUUGGUGUAUUAUGGUUGAAUGCAGCAGAGACAUUUAUUGAUAUUUCUGACGGCAAGUAUGAAGAUGGACAACCAACCAAGGACACCCACUGGAUCAGUGAGACUGGUGUGAUGGACGUGUUCUUUUUGGUCGGUCCCUCGGUUGCCGAGUUUUACAAGCAGUAUGCCGUGUUGACAGGUACCACUGCGUUGCCCCAACUCUUUGCGUUGGCAUACCACCAAUGUCGUUGGAAUUACCGUGACGAGGCCGAUGUCAAGGCUGUCGACCAGGGAUUCGACGACAAUAGCAUUCCAUACGAUGUCUUGUGGUUGGAUAUCGAGCACACUGACGGCAAGCGAUACUUUACCUGGGACAAGUCCAACUUCCCCACACCAGAAGAGAUGCAGCGUCGUCUGGCCGACAAGAAGCGCAAGAUGGUGACGAUUGUCGAUCCACACAUCAAGCGUGACUCUAAUUACUACAUCCACAGCGAGGCCACCUCCAAGGGCUACUAUGUCAAGAACAAGGAUGGCAACGACUAUGAAGGUUGGUGCUGGCCUGGUUCGUCGAGCUAUUUGGACUUUACCAACAAGGAGGUGCGUGACUGGUGGGCACAACAGUUUGCAUACGACAAGUACCAAGGAUCGACCAACUCGUUGUACAUUUGGAACGAUAUGAAUGAACCAUCCGUAUUCAACGGUCCAGAAGUAUCGAUGCACAAGGACGCCCUUCACGGCGGCGGUGUUGAGCAUCGUGACGUCCACAAUCUCUACGGAUACUACUAUCAUAUGGCUACCACCCAAGGUAUCAUUGAGCGUAACGCAGACAAGAACGACCGUCCGUUUGUACUGUCACGUGCAUUCUUUGCCGGUACACAACGUAUCGGUGCCAUUUGGACCGGUGAUAAUGCCGGUCAAUGGAGUCAUCUCGAGUCGGCACAGCCAAUGCUCUUGUCACUCGCCGUUGCCGGUCUCUCGUUUACAGGUGCCGACGUUGGCGGUUUCUUUGGUAACCCCGAUGGUGAGCUCAUGACUAGAUGGUUCCAAGCGGGUGCGUUCCAGCCCUUCUUCCGAGGUCACGCUCAUCUCGAUGCCAAGCGUCGUGAACCCUGGUUGUUUGGCGAGCCAUACACCUCGGCCAUCCGCGAUGCCAUCGUCAAGCGUUACACAUAUCUACCUCUCUGGUACACACUCUUCCACGAGAACAGUCUCACCGGUUUACCCGUCAUGCGUCCACUAUGGGUCGAGUUCCCCACCCAACAAUCACUCUUUGCCGUAGACAAUGAGUUUAUGGUCGGUUCAUCACUCCUUGUUCGUCCCGUCACCCAAGCUGGCCAAUCCUCGGUCAAGGUCGUCUUGCCAGGCACUGAAAACAAGCAAACUUGGUUUGACAUUGACUCUGACAAGAAAUAUUUCGCAUCUGAAGCUGGCGUGCAAGUUGAUACUCCACUCGACAAGAUGCCAGUCUACCAAAAGGGUGGUUCUAUCGUACCCCGCAAGGAACGUCAACGUCGUUCAUCCCCUCAGAUGAAGGCUGACCCCUACACACUCCGUAUCGCCUUGUCCGACGACCAAAAGGCAUCGGGUACACUCUACACUGACGAUGAGUCAUCAUUCAACUAUCAAAAGGGUGAUUACAGCUAUCGUCAAUUUGAGUUUGCCGCCAACCAAUUGACCAACACCAACCUCGCACCACGUUCAACCUACCAACCAAACAACACCAUCGAACGUAUCGUCAUUGUUGGUCUCAAACAAAAACCUUCCUCCAUCACAGUAAACAAUCAACCAUUAACCUUUGAAUAUGAAAAGGAUCUUGAAAGAUUAACAAUUAGAAAACCAGAUCUUCAAAUUAAAAAUGAUUGGUCAAUUAAAUUAAACUAA